GAAUAAUGCUGCUGAUAGAGUCGCACGCACAAGCACAAGUGGAGCUGAAGGUCUACUCCCUGCUGGACCUACUGCUGCAGUGCAGCCCGGCGUAGUUUCUUCAGGAGCAGCCCCUUCUAGUAGUACAUCAAUUACGAGGACUACUACUACCUCCCCGAUCGGCCGCUGGGUACCUUUGAUGUUGUCCGAGUCCCCAAAUGAACCCAACACCCCGCUGUUCACCCACAACACACGGCUUAGUGGUAGCGGCAACCAAGAAGGUGAAGAAGAUGCUCACCACCCUGAUAACAGUACAUCUACUACUUCGCUAGACCGGCAAUUUGAGAUCAAGUACUUCGACGGCAGCGCAUUUCUCACCGGGCAGGAAGAACACGACGAGGACCAAGAGGGUUCUAAUACGAACGGCAAACCUCGCCGGAAGCACAAGCAGAUGGCCCUGAAGCGGUCGAAGCUGCUUGGGGUGAAAGAUAGAAAUGAAGACGUUUCCACCCGGCCGCUGGUUCACUACAAGACGCAAUUUCUCCUGCACCGGUCCGCGGCGGACCGCACGGAGAAUUUGCUGCACAUCGUCGCCCGGAUGGCGCUGGGGAAUCGGAUAUGCUGUGCAAAAGUGUCGUACUCGUAGGACUAGGAAUUGCGUUUAUGCAUUACAAAUUUCUUUGUCAAGGUAAUUCAGCAUGUACAAACUUAAUUUGUAAUGCUGGACUAAUUUGUCAUGCAUUUAUACGAGUACGAUACUUUUGCAUUGCAUAUCGGAAAAAGGUCCUGACCGACUGGCACCGACGGAAAUCGCUGUACUACACAAAAACAACGAGUGCCGAACCUCGGAACAGCCGCAACCGGCCGCAGCCGAAAGACCAACCCCUCCGCCGGAUCACGCAGUUGGUCCAGCAGCAGGGCGGGCAGGCGCACUUGCAGCACCUGGCGCAGCACGUCUUUGAGAACGACGCGCUGCGUCCCGAGGAUUUGACAGUGAUCACCGCCAUGGGGCCGCCGAGCGGUCUCGUUGUCCCGUCCGCGGCCUCCACUGCACCCCCACCCGUUCCGGUAAUGUCAUCUUCGUCCUCCACCAUUCCUCCAACCGUGCGCGCGCGUAACCGGGCCCAACGGUUGGCGGAGCAAGUGAAUGCAGAGCAGGAAUCCUCGGGACAACCUAUUGGUAAUGGCACAACACCAAGACCAAUAGAACAAACAGCUGCAGGGACGACGACUGAUGCUGGAACACCAAUACUAGACGACCAACAGCAACUAUCCCCCUUAGCACUGGCGACCGCGAACCAACAAGCGCAAACUAUGCGACUAACAGAUGAAGAAAUGAAUGUCGUGAGGAACUUAGGUCCCCAGCUAGAACAAGAAGCCGCGUCGAUGGAAGAUGGGGAAGAAGGAGCGGCCUUCUCGACAAGAAGAAGGGCGGAUGGACUUGGACCUCCUACUCCACCCAUCCGGCGUCAAAACGCGAGCGCUAUGUUGGAGCCUGGACAAACUCAAGCAGGCUCCGGAUCUUCAUCUUCAUCUGGAACGACAGGAAUGACAAUUGGGGCAACAUCAGCUGGCGCACCUGCUGUUGUUGAGAGUCCUCACUUCUUAAUCCCAAUUCCCCCGGCUCCGCGAGCAGAUCCGCCACCUGCACCCGGACGUAGACCGCGAGCAGAUGGGCAGGACGAGCUUAUUUCCACCAGUACCACGAGUACGUCAAGCAGGCCGACCGCGAUCUUCGAGGCCGCGUUGCUUCCCCCACAGCCGGAGCAGCAUGUAGAGGAUGAUCAGGGUGAUUAUGCCGCUGCUGCAGAUCAUGAUCAUCUUCCUACUCCACAACUUCCCGACGAGCAGCUACAGCAGCCACAAGCAACAUCCGCUGCUGUGCCACUUGUUUCAUCGCCCACCGACGAGGAGUUCAUAACAGACAUCAACGACCCAAUCUCUCCCCCGGCGCAAGAAGGAGUAAACCAUGACGAGUCCUCUUCACAACUCGAUCUCAGCACCCUGUUCCCCACCUCCGCUGGUGCAGCAGCUGCCCCGAUAACACCUUUUGUUCUUGCGCCGUUGACACCUCCACGAGAAGUUGACGAGGACCAGGAAGAAGAUCCUUUGGCCCCCGGCGCCCACACCGCACCUGUAGCCGAGUCGCCACCCUUUCCGCCAGUAGGAGGUGUUGCUGGUCAAGCUCAACAAUUCGAUUGGAGCGCCGUGGCAAAUCCGGAGAUCUCCGACAUGGAAGAGUUUCAGCUGGACGUGGAGGAAGGGCAGGACGCAGCCGUAACUGGAACUCCGCUUGAAAAUGAUCAAGAACUACCGGUAGGAGUACCACCGCAACAAGGUCUUCCACAGGAACAGCAGCAGCAGCAGCAGCUUUGGGACCCACUGCAAGUUGUUGGCUCCCCUGUAGUACUUCUUGACGCGCAGACCCCCGCCACUGGUGCACAGGGCGGGCUGGUUGCUAGUAGUACAACGGCGAACUUCAUGUCCACUAGCGAAGAAGUUGCACCACCUACAGGUGGAUCAGCAACAGUGGCGCAGGCUGAUGCGCCGCGGGUCGUGAACAACAUCAACAAUCCGAACAUCCCUGAGGAUAUCCAGGAAAAAACACUCAUUCCCAUCCAUGUUUUGCAUGACAAACACUGGAAUUGAUGCAACUUUUGCAUGACAAAGUGGAUGGGCCUGGGUUUUUUUUGUGGAUAGACUACUACAUUCCCUCGUCCUCCACCAGUUCGCCCGCGCCGUCCACACCCCCGGGAACAUCAACAAAUGGCGGAAAUAACCGGGUUCCGGCCCGACCGGAAUUGCAUAAUUCAUUUUCCAGCACUACGAUUAACAGAGUCGUCGCGGGCCCCCGCGAGGCCGCUCCAGCUGUUGGCGCAUCUUCUUUUGCGAUUCCCCCACCGGGCAUCAACCCGAUAGAUGUUGUCCCUGUAGCACCAGGAGUCGUGCAGACUGGAGGCAGUAGUUCUUCGUCCUCUGCAGGAGGAGGUCCUGUGGUCUCAGAGAAUACAAUUACCGGGUCAACAUCUUCAAACGACCCUGUCUCGUCCUACAUGUCGACCAACGGUGCGGCAUAUUCAACGGGCCUCGUGGAAGAUGUCGUCCCACCUGUAGAUCCAACGAUCCCUCCCAAUCUUACCACAGCUACAGCAACAACAUCACCCCCGCCAGCAAGUAGAACCACAAGAAUCCAGGCACCACAAAUCGUUCCGGCGCGCGUGGUAUCCUGUGCAAAAGUAUCGUACUCGUAUAAAUGCAUUACAAAUUUCCUCAGCAUGAGAGAUAAAAUUUGUAAUGCGGAUUUGCCUUAAGAUAAAGAUUUGUAAUGCAUGAUUGCAAUACGAGUGCGCUACUUUUGCACAGGAUACGUGGUCAGCAGUAAAUCGGCGUUGAAGAAGCGCAAGCCGAUGGAAAUUACCAGCAAGGUUUCGGACUCCACGAAAAUGCGGGAGUUUGUCAUUGGGUUGAAGCGGUUGAAGGUGCUGGCUUUAUGAAUUGCAAAAAUGUCUGGGUCUGGAAGAUUGCAACUUGUCAUUGGUAAAUCUGAAGCAUGCAAAAAUCUGUGCUGCGUCAGUGCCAAAAGCUGUCCACUUUUGACCAAGUUGGAACGGAGUUUCUUGUGCAGAAUAGGCAUGGCAGAGACCUCGCAGAGUCUGUCAUGCUAAGUCCCGCACUCCAGACCUCAUGGGUCAUGGAAAAUCUGCAUGACAAGUCUACACUCUUCCAGACCCAGACACUUUUGCACUUGAUAGGCGUUUGUUCUCAACUACAUCAAACUCGAGGACGACAAGCAGAUCGCAGUUUGGAAGGAGAAAACAUCGCAGAUUGCGUUUAUGCAUAGCAAAAAUGUCUGGGUCUGGAAGGAUGCAACUUGUAAUGCUAAUUCUGGAUCGUGCAAACCAAAAAUCUGUGUUGCAUGAAUGCGAAGAAAAGUUGUCCACUUUUGACCAGGUUGUAAGGAACAAGUUUCUCAUGCAGGAUAGGCAUGAUCAUAGGGAUCUCGCGGAAUCUGUCAUACCAGGUCCUGCAUUCCAGACGACAUGGAUCAUGGAAAAUCUGCAUGACAAGUCUCGGAAUCUUGCAGACCCAGACACAUUUGCACUUGAUUGCGUUUUUGGGGAAACAACCGACCGCGGGAACUUCCGAAAGGUGGACGUCCGAGGCAGCGGAGGUGCUUUUGAAACCACGGUGGACCUGUUGGUUCCUGCGAAAGGACUAUCCUGAGUAAAAACGUGCCCACACAAGAGUCAGGAUGAGGAUUUUGCAACACAAACCUAGGAGUUUUGUGAGUCACGCAUGACAAGUUGCACUAUGAAGUGUAGUGCAGGUUAGCAAGUGCAGUCGCAUCACAGAUUCAUCUGCUCAUCCUGUUCACAGCAUCACAAAUUCCAAAACACGAUUGGAAAUGGCUCUCAUGGGGAUGCGCAUUACAAGUCUUCCUGUCUUUGCAAAUCUGCAUUACAACUCUGGCGUGGGUACGGUUUUACUCAGGAUAAGGACAUGGUGGUGCAGCUCCGGACGGGGUAUCAAGCGCAGUUGGUCGUGUCGGAGAGACUCGAGCAAGUAUGAAUGUGCACAGCUCCCCCCCCGCCUUAUCUGUCAUGCAAAAUCCCAAACCCAGUCGCUGCCUUGUGUCACUGUUUGCAUGACAAAUUCCGGAAUCCAAAACAGCACUACAGUCCUCUAGUAAUUUGUCAUGCAAAAGCUGCAUCUUUGCCCGCACUUGUGUUGCUGUUCAUGCUACACAAAUGAGGGGAGGGGGAGUUGUGCACUGUCAUAGCAAGAUUGGCCCUUCGAGAAGCGGACAGACACGUCGACCAUGAUUCGGGAUGUUGUGCUCCCGCCACACGGACACGGUGCUGGAAAUGAAGAAGGGUUCUUAGGGACGAGGUUGAAGUCGAUGCUGCCGAGGCUAGAUCUGAGCAGCGCUGUGAGUGAGGAAGAAGAGGAGGAAGAAGCAUUACUUCAUCCACCUACCGGACCCAGAGGUCGCUCCGGCAGGAGAAUUAUGCGCAGAAGCGCGAGCGAGCCGAUUUUGCGUGUGCCAUCUCGUGGUGGCGAAAUUAUUGAAAAUGAUGGUAGGCACGAUGAACUACAUCAUUCACGGCGAACAAGAGGUACUACGAGUGAUGGCGACGAACCGGCUGCAAGAGCGACGCCCCGCGGCCCAGACGGUAACAACACUGAAGAAGAAUUUAGAGGGCGUCGCAAUGCUGACACCACGGAGGAGGAGGAAGCGCGUGCGAGUGCGGCAAGUAUCUUUCCAUCCUCGCGAUCUGGGUCUCCGGCGUCGCGCUCUCGUCGCCGGUUGCCUGCCUCGUUUGCAGCUUCUCGACGGAGCGAAGAGCCCAACAGCCCCGCACACCACGGCGCCCCUGGGCCGCGGCAGGUGUUGUCGCAAGACCUACCCCGAGGCUGGAGGGGUCGUGGGGACCACACGAGUUCUGUUUUUGGCGGGGACCAUUUUCAUGGCGCAAGUGCACCUACCCGAGGCGGCAGUAGUAGCAGUUCUGCUAGUGUCGUGUUGCAGGAACAAGCGCCAUUCCAACUUGGCCCGCUGGCACCACUAGGAUUUCACACGGCAGUUGUCCAACCAACGCCUCGACCACCCACGCCGACGCCCAAGUGGCCGGCGGUGCAGCCCAAGCCUGCAGGUAAGACGAGCCCUGGAGAACAAGUGGAAAGUGCGCCCACAGCACCAGCGCUGAGCUUCGCGAGUCUCGCGGCGGCGGCUGCAAGUCGUGCCGCGGCGCAAGAAGAGGCCGCCCGGGGUGCACAGGAAGCAGAUGGUCUGCAAGGAGCUGCAAAUCCUGAACAGGCAGCACAAACCGUUCCUUUUCCUUUUGUCCCCCCGACAUCUAAAGCGGCGGCGCUGCCCGGUGGAAAGCUGGCAGCCAAUUUCAUCCCGGCUAGUACGCCGAAGCCAAAUGCUCAAAUACAGCAAGAGCAACGGCCUCAGACUAGAAGUCUCCGACCGCCUGGACCCGUUGAUCCGUUUCCAACCUGGCCGCCGACCAGACAGCAAGACGAGGAAAAUGUGGUGAGAAAUCGAAGGAUGACGAACACGGCUACGCACAACCCUGUGGACGAGAUGACGAGCACGAGCAGAAUGGGGCCUCUGGCGCCCUACAGAGGCCUCGACGCGCUGUGCAACAGUGAGCUAUUCGAAAACGACGGCCGGGGCGCCGAUCCGGGAUGGAAGGGCGUGUUGGAUAUCGCAGCGGAACUGUGGAAAUACGAAGUUGAAUUGCGCAAGGACUACAACAUCUUGUACAAUACUCCGUCUGACAAAGACAACGAUCCAUCAUUUUCAGCGUCCACAGAGCAGCUCAACAUGCCGAAUCAGGGUGCAGAAGGAGGAGGUUCGAAUCCUUCAUCUUCCAGCGCAACUACAGGGAUGAAGAAGUCACCGUCAGUGCGUUUUGAAGAACUCCACCAAAUCCCCGAAGAGGAAAGAAAGCGACAGCUUCUCCAGAAACGGCAGCAAUACGCCUGGCAGCAGCUACUGGGGAAGGAAGAAGAUAGUGACGAAGAGGUAGAGGAUCAUGGGUUGGAGGACAUCUUCACGACUGGUAGUAGUACCGUCAACCGCCUGCUCUCGAGCCGCAAUCUGUUUGACAUUCCGGAAGAAGAGACCCGGCGGAUUUUCAAAAUGGAAGAAACGCAGCUGAAGGGAAUUUUCGAAGAAGUUGAUUCGUUGACCGAUCCUUGGAAAACACCGUUCGCUACGCCACCAGCGGAAGUUAUCUACAACUCGAGUAGUAGUAGUAGAGACAAAAAAUCAAAAUCUACGACAACUGCAUCUUCAAAAAGAUCACGAACUAAAGACGGCAGCAACAUCAACAUCUUCGCAAAACGACCACCUUCCUCCGCGUCCGCGCCGCACGGUAGAAACUCUUUCAAAAGUAGAAAGGGGCGAACUCGGACGUUGCAAAAGCAGAAACAGUGGCUGGUAAGGAAGCGAGACGCGUUGCGAUUGUGGCUGGUAACGGAAGUGCAGGUCCUGCAGCAGGUGCUGCAGGCAGAAACGAUAUUAAGGGAUGAUAGUCGCCGCACAAGAAAUAUCGAGAGUAAUUAUCAGGCUUCCAUUGCAUUCGACGAGGCGACGAAGCUGCGCCAGCGACUUCGGGGCCCACCACCGGAAAGAGAAAAUAGCAACGUGAUCGCCUCGCCCUUCGGCCUGGGCCUGCACAUGUUGAUCCAUGCGGGCUGCGUGCAUCUCGAAGACAGAAGGCUGGAGGAGCACCUGCCUGAGUUUGUGAAGCGGCACUUGCGGUUAUGCAGUACAGAUUUUCAUCGUUUCCCGUACUACAUGCACAAAAUGCAUGACAAACUUCGGUCUACCUUGCAGUGUCCAACUUGUCAUGCUAGACUAGGAUUGAAGGCAAGUAAGUUUUGUUAUGGAGAAGCAGCAUUUGUACGUGUGCGGGAAAUUUCCUGUGGAUAUCGGUUCAAGCGCGCGCUAAACGGGUACCAGUUCCUCGCGGAAUUGGUUUACAUGAUGGAACUGCAGGAUUUCAGGGACGCCAUGCGAGAACGGCAGGAGCGGAUGAUCGACAUCAAGAGCAACUAUCCUUCCACCACCCAAGGAAGAGCUGAAGACCGCGACACAACUUCCGUUCUCGACAUCGAUUGGGUAGCGGUACUGGACUAUCAAAUGCAAAAAUGUCUGGGUCUGGAAACUUGCGAUGCUGUUUGGCGAAUCCUGAGGACGCCACAAGUGAUGGCUCAGCAUGACAAGUUUCUGACUUGCUAGGUGUUGCGUAUUCUGCAUGACAAACCGUGUUUCGGCAUGACAGAAAGGUGGGGCUUUUGGGUAACGAGCAUGACAGACUUUGGAGUCAUGCUAGCAGAGCAUGACAGACCUUCCAUUCUUCCAGACCCAGACACUUUUGCAAUCCAUAUGGAGAAAUUGGUGACCACAAGAGAUCUUGCCUUUGGAGAAAUUGACUUUGUGGACUCAACCUUAAUGAUAGUGGAUAUCGAGCGAAGAAGGAAAGUGGACGACUUACGGAACCACUUCGAGGAAAGGCUAGGAAAUCAGCAUGAUGUGGACGAUCUGGAUCCGUCUGAUAGACGAGAUCGCUUUGCAGGAGGAAGAGGACUUGAUGUUCCAGGCCGUAAUUCAUCAUCAUCACGAGACAUAACCUCCAUCUUUCGGAAUACCGCUCUUGGCCUCGCCCCGCCAGCUGCAGAACCGGGACGAGGGGGAGGUCUUCUAAAUGCCUUCAUACCACCGCAACCGCAAGAUGGAAGCCAGAGCAGGGCACUUCUACCGCAUGCCAACACGGAGGACAGCAGCAGCAGAGGUACCGGUGAUCCUGCAGGCAUUCAAAGUACGCGACGAGGACAAGUGCGACAGGAAGAUGGUGAGCAAGAAGGCGCGUUUCCCGAUAACAUGCCCUACUUCAGCGACGAGCCACCGCCAUCGCCAGGCCCAAGCCCCGCACCACCAGCACCGCAACAGCAAUACAUCUCGGACGGCACAACCGAAUGGCUCCGGCGCCAGAACGAGAUGGGUGGAGGUACUACAAGUAGUGGAACUGGUAUCCUGUGCAAAAGUAUCGUACUCGUAUUGCAAUCAUGCAUUACAAGUCUUCUUUUUAAGGUAAAUCUGCAUUACAAAUUUUAUUUCUCAUGCUGAGGAAAUUUGUAAUGCAUUUAUACGAGUACGAUACUUUUGCAGUUCAUAACUGGUCAGGUGGAGCAACUCUCACAGGACCUCUCCGGCUGGUCACCGCAGUUGCUGCAAACUGGGAGUGGCGACGGAGCAGAGGAGCACGAGUUGACGAUGAAUAGCACAGGAUCGGGUGAACACGUUGCUUCUGCACCAGCACCGAGUGACUCAGCUUUGGCUGCUGGUGCACAAAAUGGGGGCUCAAGUGGGCAGCCAUCAGCGGAGCCGCAAGAAGUGCUUGCAGUUCUUGCGGAUGAUACAACUACCCCAGCUGCUACUUUUCGGCAAAACGCAGAUGGAUCCCUGACCGUGUUUUUCAAUGACGGGCGAGGAACAAAUGAUGGAGGUGGUGGCCAACAAGAGGCCGCUGGCAGUAGUGCCCCUGCUCACGGUGAUAAUGCUGGUGGAUCAGAAUCAGCAUCAAGCUCAGGAGCGGGCAUAUCGUAAGUGCAAUCCUUUGCAGUAGAAGUAGGCCUAUGCAGACGCACAUUUGGUAAUUGUACCUCAUGAAAUAGAUAAGCAAUGACUCCCUGCUGUAGCUUCGACAUGAGAAUAGAGAAGUUCAAGUUUUAUUUUAAGCGAGGAUGAAAUUGAAAACAGUAGCGACCUACCUUGAAUUUGAUGUAGAAGAAAAGCGACAAUAUCAAUAUGUGGAAAAUUUGAAUUUGUAUAUGCAAGAAAUAAAACGACGAAAAAGUAAAAGUAUCAAUAUAAUUUGCGGCAAAUAUUUCUAACCAAACAAUUUUGGGAGAAAAUGCGCUUGUGCCCUUUUCCCUACAGCAAGCAAACUGUACGUUUACACCGACCUAUUUUGCCAACGAGCGCACUGAAGAGAAUGCCUGCUAGUAAAAACCUCAAUUCUACUCAUCUCAGCCGACGUGGCGCCUAGACUAUCGAAAGAGAAAAAGUCGGACAAGAACUGGUGUCGAAUCGGAUUUAGUAUUGUAUUACAACUCAAGGCUCAGCCUGCAUCAAUUGAUUAUCGGUCAAAGAUAACGAGAAAAAACAUCCUAUCGAUUCUGUCGAUUCUGCUUUAGACACAUACAAAGAUGCGUACGUGCAUAAACAAAGCAUUUGCAGUAGUUUCAGCUACAUGACGAGUGGUUGGAAUUCAUUUUCCGGUUGUACAAGAAGAAGAACAUUUUCGAGAAUACAGAUAGAACAUUUUCCGUCACGAUUCAUUUGCAAAUUUUGAUGACCAAAACGACAAAGCGAAAGUAACUACAAAAGUGUUUUCCUGACAUUGCAGUAGCAGUCUCUCUAUGCAGUUGCAAUUGCUGUACCGCACGUAAGCAAGAAAGAAAACGCACAGCGCAAAACAGAGGAAUGGACUGUGAUUUGCU